AUGAAUUCAUCAUCUUACAACUUGUCAAGCAGUCUGAGUUUUCGAGACUCCCCAAGCACAGCUGUGGCUAAAAAUGUGAUUGUUCUCGCUCUUGGCCUCAUCAUCAAUUAUAUCAAUGGCACACUGGUUCAUACCUUCAGAAAACACCAGAUAUUUUACACAAAUCCUCGUUACAUCUUGUACAUCCAUCUGGUACUGAAUGAUAUGAUCCAGCUCACUGUAUCAAUCAGCCUGUUUGUCUUUAGUUAUGUAUUUUACAAAAUUAAUGCUUCUUUCUGUUGCCUCAUGGUUAUCUUUGGUGCAAUCACCACCAUCAACACACCAUUAAAUUUGGCUGUAAUGGCAGUUGAAUGCUACAUCGCUAUUUGUUUUCCACUGCAACACUCAAAACUCUGUACUAUCAAAAGAACCUACAUUCUUAUUGGCUGUAUUUGGGCUUUGAAUGCAGGGUCAGUUAUGCCAGAUGUCUUUAUUACUUUAGCAACCGAACCUGUGGGGCUAUUUUAUUCAGACAUAUUUUGUCAGAUGGAAAACCUCUUCCGACAUCCAGUAAUUUCAGAAAAGAGGGAUGUUUCAUAUCUAAUUUAUCUCACUUCAGUUUGGCUAACCCUGCUCUUCACCUACUUCAAGAUCUUUUUUGCCGCUAAAGUAGCUAAUUCAGUAGAUGGAAAUUUCAAGAAAGCCAGGAACACAAUCCUGCUUCAUGGUUUUCAGCUAUUGUUGAGUAUGGUAACAUAUUUAUUUCACAUCUUACAGAAAGCUUUGAUACAAUGGUUCCCUAAACAUUUUUUAGAAAUACUCUUUGUUUGCUACAUCAUUAUUCAGGUUCUCCCCAGGUUUAUCAGCCCCAUUGUGUAUGGGCUACGAGAUAGUACAUUUAAAACACAUUUGAGAAAGUAUCUGCUCUGUACAAUGAGAGCAAGUAACAGUCCGUAG